GGAAGUCGCAAGCCUUGUGUGAAUUCGUUUCUGCGGUUCAUACAUGGUGAUCUUUUUUUUCAUUCGGAGCCAGGGAAUCAAAACUAUGGGACAGUUUCUCUCGCUGUCUGGUGAGGACUUUUGACAGCACCCAGUUUGAUGGGAGAUCCACGGUGCCGUCGGAGUAUGCCAGGUGUCUCCAUCGCUGGCGUGCGUCAGGGUUUGCGUAGAGGAGAAGCGCGCGGCGGGCGCAGUGCGGUAGCAUUAGUUUGGUUGUGACCUGUUGGUACGCGGAGAGGGGGAAGUCGUGCCUUUCAGUCGUCCUACCUCUGCCUAAGUUCGCGGGCCACAGAGUGAUUUUGCGCAUCGUAAAAAGGGUGUCGCAGGCGCACAUGCACCAAUAUUUCGUACCUCCUGGUUCGCGUUAUCACCAGCAGCACUAGGAGCUGCAGAGCGCAGCAUUGAUAGAGUAGCACUCUGACUGUAAAGAAAGGAAAAUGACGGUGGAUGCGUUUGGAGGCGGUUUCGUCCGCAAGGAGCUUUACAGCGUAGCGGGGCCACCUCCAGUCGAUGUAGAAGGUGGUAUGGGCGGGAAUGGCUGUCUUAGCAACGACAGUAUGGGCAAUGGAUGGGCAUCAUCGGCGCCUGGUCAUGAUUCUAACGUUGCCUACUGCCCAAAAAGAAAACUAAGUUUUAUCGAAAAUCUUGCCCUAUCAGGGUCGGGCAGCGCAGCAUUGCCACCUUUAGGUACUCAUUUUGGUAAGAAUUUGGCUAGAAAUUAUCCUCGCGCAGUCUUUUGCAAUUCUUGUUGGUUCUUUAUCGCCUGAGGGAAAUAGCAUGGUUGUGUACCCAUGAUUCCCUCGCAAAAGCCGAAGGCGAUUACGAAACCAGAACGCACACUUGCUAAGUUUUUUUGCCUAUGACUCUUAGGUUUGAUGCUGGUAGCUUGCUUGGGGAUACAACUGUUUUCGGACAACGUGGGCUUCAAAGCGACAAUGUGGGCAAUAUUUGUCGGCUUAUUGGGCUUGGGAUUCUGCUUUUGGCUUUUGGUGUGGAUCUAUCAAUUUGAUGAGGGGACACAAAACAUGCAGGUCAUUUCAUUAUGACAAGAUUCAACUGAGAACCUGAAAAAACUGCAGAGACUCAAUCUACUGAGUUGUAAUCAUCUGUUGAAAUUUGGUUGAUCUACGUGACUGCUCGUGACUAUCAAUGGGUUCUUUGUCGACAUUGUUCGAGUUCUAAUCUCGGACGCUAUUUCGGAGGGUGCUGAGGGGUAUUUUGCGAUGCAGUACAAGACCAUCGAGCGGGUGACGAUAGUUUUUUCUAUGUUGCUGUUUGUGAUGUUUCUCUUUCGGGAGGCUGGGACCGGACCUGUGGGACCGAUGAGCAUGGCUGUUGUCACUUCAUUGACUUUUUUAGUGGGUGCAGCCUCAAGUGCGCUUAGCGGCUACGCUGGCAUGUGGGUCAGCGUAAGAACAAAUAUUCGCGUUGCGUCAGCCGCAAGAAGGUGUUACAAUGACGCACUUCAGCUCUGUUUUCGAGGAGGAGGCUUCACAGCAGUCGUGAAUGUGUCUCUCGUAGUCUUGGGCAUAGCAUGCAUGAUUCUCUGCAUUAUGUUCCUCAUACCCGGCCUCCAAUUUCACCAGAUGCCAUUGCUCUUGGUACUUCUUCUAUUUUCACAUUUUGUAGUUUCUCGCUCCUUCAAAUUGAGGUGCACUAUUAUACGAAUGAAUCUUCAUGAUCAUUGCAUGAGAGGACUUUCGUACAACCAUAAAUAUUAGGUAGGCUACGGUUUUGGCGCGUCGCUGGUAGCAAUGUUCUCACAGCUAGGUGGUGGCAUUUAUACAAAAGGCGCCGAUGUUGGCGCUGAUUUGGUAGGAAAGGUGGAGGCAGGAAUACCUGAAGACGAUCCUAGAAAUCCAGCUGUGAUUGCCGAUCUAGUAGGCGACAACGUCGGGGACUGCGCCGGGCAGUGUGCGGACACGUUUGAGUCUAUAGCAGCAGAAAUCAUGUUAUGAAGAAGACUUUGCUUCGAAAUGAGAAAGAGUUCUGCGCCAGAAAGUAAACGGCGACAGACAUCUUCGGGGGAGGAAUUUUUUUCUUGCCAUCAUAGCCUGAUGUUGUAUCCUUCAUUCAUAGCAGCGAUGAUUUUAGGCGGGGCGCUGACAGAAGAGGCGAAGCUGAUAUCGCAAAAUAAUCGACAUGGAUUCGUCAUUUUUCCGCUAGCAGUACACAGCAUGGACAUAAUCAUAUCUUCCAUUGGAAUCAUGCUCGUAAAAACAAGGAAAGGCUUGCCGGAAGGCGGCGCAGCAGUCGAGGACGCCAUGGGCAUAAUGAAGAGGUGCCUAUCAUGCUUCUAGUUUUCCCUGGCCAUUGCACUCUGCUAGUCUUUGCUUCGAAGAAGAGUUUCAGUAUAGUUCGGCAGCUUCAUUUGUUGUACCUCGCUGCAUGUUGCCACGACUCGCAUUUACAGCUUCUAUAGACAGCGACACACGAUCCUUCAGGGCGUACCUUGUUUCGUUAUCGCUCGGCGUCGUGGGUUUCUUCAUACUAUGCUGGUUGCUUCUACACUCCGAACAAGCGCCUGAUGCAUGGCUUUGGUAUUGCGGCUGCGGAGUAGUUGGUCUCGUUGCUGCAUAUUUGUUUGUCAUAAUAACGCAAUACUACACGGAUUAUGAGUUUUCCAAAGUACGUGGCAUUGCAGAGGCAUCGCUUUCUGGCCCGGCAACAAACGUAAUAGCGGGGAUGGCCGUCGGACUUGAAUCGACGGGUGCGGCGACACUCGUCAUAGCGGGAGCACUGGUAUUUCGUUCAACAGGAGAAGGAUUAAUAUUUUUCCUGGAUUGAUGAUGGUCAAACACCCAAGUUGUAGUUUGUUAUGCUUAUUAAAUAGUUCUGCCGCGUGCCUGAUCCUACUUUUUCUUUCGUUUUUCGUGCGAAGCCAGAUCUUCGGCGUUGUUCCCUUCUUUUACAGUGCACGUCCUACAACUUGGGAAUGCGGUCCGGGAUAGUACCGGGCAAUUCAAAUAGUGUAACAGCCGGUCUCUUCGGGACGGCCGUGGCAACGAUGGGUAUGCUCUCGACGGCUGUCUUCGUCUUAGCAAUGUCGUCUUUUGGCCCGAUAGCAGAUAACGCAGGAGGCAUCGUUGAAAUGUCGCAGCAGCCGGAACACGUGAGAGCGAUAACGGACAGACUUGAUGCAGUCGGCAACGUGACAAAGGCCAACACAAAAGGGUACAGAAUUGGCUCCAUCACUUCAUGAUAAAUUCAAUGGAUGCCAAUGCCACCAUAUACAUAGUAGUUACAUUACCUACUUCCAAAUAGGGUGGAUAACAUAUCUGUAUCAAAAAAAGAUUUGCACACUUUCCUUCUUCCACUUACUCUCGCAUGUUCUUCGUUCUCUAGGUAUUCCGUUGGCUCGGCUGCCCUGGCUUGCUUCCUGCUAUUUUCGGCUUUUCUCGACGAAGUUUCACUCUAUUCCGGCGUAAAAUUCGAGAAGGUCGAUUUGGCUAUCCCAGAGGUUUUUGUUGGAGGACUGAUCGGCUCGAUGUGCGUGUUUCUGUUUGCGUCUUACGCGAUGACCGCGGUCGGGAAAGCAGCACAGAAGGUGGUGCAGGAAGUCCGACGCCAAUUCCGCGAGAUUCCCGGGAUCUUAGAGUGGCGGCAAAAGCCGGAUUACCGGACCUGUGUGAAUAUAGUUUCCAAUACGGCAUUAAGAGAAAUGGUCAAGCCUGCGCUCCUCGCAACGCUGUCACCGAUUCUUGUCGGCUUCAUAUUCCGCCAUGUCGGCCAGCAAAGAGGGCAGCCUUUACUAGGUACACUACACACACUAAAAGCACAUGUGUUGGAAUAAUAGGGAAGUAAUAGGUAGUUGUAGUGUCAACUUCAAAGAAUGCGUAUUAGUGCGGGGUUCAAGUAGUAGCUGUUCUACUAAUAAACAACACGACAAUAUCACCGAGGUGCUGAAGCGGUCGCAAGUUUCAUGAUGUUUUCAACCGCGACUGGGAUUCUGAUGGCACUGUUUCUUAACAACGCGGGUGGUGCUUGGGAUAACGCGAAGAAAUACGUUGAAACCGGCGCUCACGGGGGCAAAAAUAGUGAAGCGCAUAAGGCAGCAGUUUGCGGAGACACUGUGGGCGACCCUUGCAAGGACACGGCAGGCCCAAGUGUCCACGUGCUCAUCAAACUCGUGUCCACAGUGACAAUGUUAUGACUAGUGUUUGAUCUUUUCCUUCCGCUCCAAAUGCAUGACAACAUACUGGAGAGGAUCUUUGUCCAAGACUUGAGUACAAGUCUGAAUAAGAUCAAGGUCCUUAGUACAACUUCUUUAACUGGUUAAUUUCCAUCGUCUUACCCCCCUUGCUUAAUAUCUCAAGUACAACUUCUAACAUUGGUCGUGACUCCCUUGUUUGUCGGGAAAAAUUUCGCCACACCAAAAACGCCAUAGAAAGGAGAAGUGAUGUUGCGCAUAGAAUGAAUCAAGCCGUUCACUUUCUUGAGCCUCCGCGUGCAAGAGCUCCCAGGAUCCUGGGAGAGUGAUAGCGAGUGACGAGAUGCUUUGCUUUUUGUCGAGUGGAUUCCAGUCUAUCUUCUACUUCUGCGCGCAGCUUGACGAUGGAGGAUACCCUGCUUUGUCUGACACGUAUUUUUCGUACGACAGGGUUUACGUGCGCGUUAUUAAUCACCAUGCCUAGCAAUUCUUGCUGAUGGACCGCAACCACGACUCAUAUGCCAACCCACCUACAAGGGUUAUUUUUCAAACUAUUGAUUUUCUGCAAGUACAAAAGCUUCUUCACGAGAACUGCAAGAAGGAGGAGUGUUUCUGUCAUGGGAGGUUUCGGAGCGUGAUUCAUCUCCACCGAGGUGGCAUUGUAGUAUUUUUUUGUUCCUUCGGUGCUUGCGUCGCAUACUAGAGAAGCUGAUGAACUCAUUGUCAGCCUUCUCGUAUCGAGGCACACACUACAUGCUCACUCAUCAUGUGUAUAUCUUGUUGGGCUAAAAAAAGUCAUCAGCAAGCUGCAAGUCAUUUUUUUCGAAUUGUCGUUUGAUUGACCCCUGUCCUUGAAGAGGGUUUCCUUAUGUCAAAGUCCAAGACACUUGUUAGAACUAAUACAUCAAGAACAUUGCGAUUGCCUACUAGAACUAGUAAAAUUUGUGGCAUGGAGAAGUCAAAAUGUCACAUGAUCAUUUGAUUCUCCAACUGGGCCACAACAACCCAGAAUUAUAGGAUUCAGAAACCGUUCUCUAACUACACGAAAUUUGUUGCAUGACGCUCGACGUCCGUCGUCAGUCGUGUUGGCUAGAAUGUUAUUGAUUAUAUCCUCGCUAUUCUCGUCGACCUAAGCACGCUGAG